GGGCUGUGGCGUCAUCAUUAUGGCGGCAGCGGCUUUGGACGCCGUACGGAGGGAGUUACAAGAAUUCCCGGCGGCUGUAAGAGAGCUCAGCGUGCCUCUUGCUGUGCCCUACCUGGACAAGCCCCCACCUCCACUUCACUUCUACCGGGACUGGGUCUGCCCCAAUAGGCCCUGCAUCAUCCGCAAUGCCCUGCAGCACUGGCCGGCCCUCCAGAAGUGGUCACUCCCCUACCUCAGAGCCAGAGUGGGCUCCACGGAGGUGAGUGUGGCUGUGACCCCAGAUGGCUAUGCGGAUGCUGUGCGAGGGGACCGCUUUGUGAUGCCUGCUGAGCGCCGCCUGCCUCUGAGCUGUGUGCUCGAUGUGCUGGAGGGUCGAGCCCAGCACCCAGGAGUCCUCUAUGUGCAGAAGCAAUGCUCCAACCUGCCCACAGAGCUGCCCCAGCUGCUUCCUGAUCUGGAGCCCCAUGUGCCCUGGGCCUCUGAGGCGCUGGGAAAGAUGCCUGAUGCUGUGAACUUCUGGCUGGGAGAGGCAGCUGCCGUGACAUCUUUGCAUAAGGACCACUACGAGAACCUCUAUUGUGUGCUCUCGGGAGAGAAACACUUCCUGCUACAUCCACCCAGUGACCGGCCCUUCAUCCCCUACGAGAUGUACAUACCAGCAACCUACCAGCUAACUGAAGACGGCUCCUUUGAGAUGGUGGAUGAGGACACCACAGAGAAGGUGCCCUGGAUCCCACUGGACCCAUUGGCCCCAGACCUGGCUCGGUACCCCACCUACAGUCAGGCCCAGGCCCUGUGCUGCACAGUGAGGGCUGGUGAGAUGCUCUACCUGCCAGCCCUGUGGUUCCACCAUGUCCAGCAGUCCCAUGCCUGCAUUGCUGUGAAUUUCUGGUACGACAUGGAGUAUGACCUCAAGUACAGUUACUUCCAGCUGCUUGACUCCCUCACGAAGGCCUCAGGCCUUCCUUGACUGAUGGAGCCUGGUGAAUACUGUUGCCAAGGACAGCUCAUGGAAAAGGUCGUUUCCCUCUUGGGCCAGGUGAAUUCUGGAGGCAGCUUAGAGUCCGAGUGUGCUGGCUCCUGGCCAGGCUCAGCUUGCAGUCAGCUCUGCUGGAUCUCCGGGGGCGGUCUGGAGGGCCCGGGGGCACCAGGCGGGUAUGGGUGUGGGCUCCCCCAGGGGAGGCAGUGGCUCAGCCUCACACCUCUGUGACCCGGGCUGUGUUCAUGCCUCAGAGCAUUGGUGUCCUGUCUGUAAAACAGGCAGUGACUGUUCUGCCUCACGGAGUGUUGUGAGGCUGGAGAUAGUGUCUGUAGGGGUGGCGUGGGGCCAGCCCAGAGGAUGCUUCAAUAAAAAGAUAGCCGUGA